UUGCUAGAGCCGUUGCCGGGAGACCUGUGUCAUAUACUGCAGUGCUGCGGAUGAAAGCAGACAGUUCCUCAUCCUCCUCACUCAACUCCAGGAUGAGGUUAAGGAACAACCAUGGAGUGGGAUCGUCUAGCCAGGACUGGCCUCCGUUCUCCAGACACAGAUUCUCGGCCCUCAGCUCACAGGAAGACUACAGGAGCGAAGAGAGCGAGGAGUUCGGUCCAGUGUUCAUUCAAGAGCCAGAUGAUGGAAUCUUCUCCCUGGAUUCGGAUGAUAAGAAAGUGAUAAUGAAUUGUGAAGCCAGAGGAAACCCUGUUCCGACCUACAGUUGGCUGAUCAACGGGACCGUUGUGGACACAGAAGCGGAUUUCCGUUACAGUUUGAUUGCUGGGAACUUAAUAAUACACAAUGCAAGCGAGGCCAUUGAUUAUGGGAGAUACCAGUGUAGAGCUGAAAACAGCAUUGGCACCGUCCUGAGUCGAGAUGCCCUCCUGCAGUUUGCUUAUCUCGGGGCAUUCAGCGGUCGGGCGAGAGGAGCUGUUUCGGUGAGGGAAGGCCAGGGCGUUGUGCUAAUGUGUGCCCCCCCUCCUCAUUCGCCAGAGAUCAUCUACAGCUGGGUGUUCAAUGAGCUUCCCUCGUUCGUGGCAGAGGACAGCCGGCGAUUCAUCUCGCAGGAAACGGGAAAUCUGUAUAUCUCCAAGGUGCAGCCCUCGGACGUGGGCAGCUACGUGUGCCAAGUGAAGAACACUGUGACCAACGCCAGGGUCCUGAGCCCACCGACGCCUCUGGCUCUCAAAACAGAUGGGGUGAUGGGGGAGUACGAGCCCAAAAUUGAAGCGCAUUUUCCCCAGACGGUGCUGGCAGCCAAAGGCGUCACAGUGAGGCUGGAGUGCUUUGCCCUUGGGAAUCCUGUCCCCACUAUCACCUGGAGGAAGAUGAGUGGGAACAUCCCCAAAAAAGCCCGUCUGCGCAAAUCACAAGCUGUUCUCGAGAUCCCCAACAUCCAGCUAGAGGAUUCUGGGAGUUAUGAGUGUAAAGCUGAGAACACCAGAGGAGGCACUGCGUUCAGAGGACACCUCCAGGUCUACACUCUGCCGCAGUGGAUUAGCAUGAUAAAUGACACUCAACUGGACAGCGGAGAGCAGCUCCAUUGGGAGUGUCGAGCCACAGGAAAACCCAGGCCCACAUAUCGCUGGCUGCGCAACGGAGAACCUCUCAACUCACAGAGCAGAGUGGAAAUGAUGAAUGGGGAGCUUAUCAUUCACAGACUACAGCAGGCUGAUUCGGGAAUGUAUCAGUGCAUCGCAGAGAACAAGUAUGGAGCCAUCUACUCCAGCGCAGAGCUCAAAAUACUAGCGUCAGCUCCCGUGUUCAGCACCAACCCUUUCCGGCUCAUUGCAACCGUUGGAAAAGACGUGUCUCUGGAGUGCCGUCCACGUGCGUCACCCAAACCCAGAAUCUCAUGGAGGAAAAAUGAUAGGAGAGUCCAUGCCAGCCGAAGGAUCAUGUUGCUUCGGAAUAACACCCUCCGCAUCAUUAACUCCAGCCGCUCAGAUGAGGGAAGCUACGUGUGCCGUGCGGAAAACCAGUUCGGUUCAGCGGAGUUGACGACCGUGCUUCUGGUGAAAGAGCCCAUGCGGGUGGAGUUGAGCCCCAUCCGGGUGGAGGUGACGGUGGGAGAGAGUGUGGUGCUCAGCUGUAAAGUCACUCAUGACCCCUCACUGGACGUGUCCUUCCUCUGGCUGCUCAACAACCAACCGCUCAACACCCAGCAGGAGGGCGGUCACUUUGAGUACAUUCAAACACAGUCCUCCACAGCAGACCUGAUGAUCAGGAGCAUCCUCCUGAAGCAUGCUGGGAAAUAUGGCUGUCGCGCUCAGACGAGUGCAGACAGUGUGCUUGCAGAAGCUGAGCUGCUGGUUAGAGAUCCAGAACCGGUGACAGGAAACAUGGAGUCCGCCAUGGCAGUGGAGCUCAACCCCUGGGUGGAGUAUGAGUUUCGGGUGGUGGCCACGAACGGCAUAGGAACAGGUGACCCGAGCGCCUCCUCCAGAGCGGUCCGCACUAAGGAAGCAGUUCCGUCAGUAGCCCCUGCCAACGUGAGAGGGGGGAACGGCCGCAGGCAUGAGCUGGUCAUAUCCUGGGAGCCCGUCUCUGAAGAAUUCCAAAAUGGAGAAGGUUUUGGCUACAUCGUGGCGUUCCGAGCCAAUGGCACACGUGGGUGGAAAGAGAAGAUGGUUACCUCGGCAGACUCCACGACCUAUAAAUACAGAGACGAGACCUUCCCCCCUCUCACCCCGUUUGAGGUGCGGGUGGGGGUGUAUAACAACAAAGGAGACGGGCCCUUCAGCGAGGUGGUUACUGUGUUCUCUGCAGAGGGAGAACCCAGGGAGCCUCCUUCAGAAGUGCAGGCGUUUGCCAUCUCCUCCUCUGAAAUUAAAGUGAUGUGGAAGCCUCCCAAUCCUGGCCCUGGAAGACCCCAAGGAUAUGAGGUGAGCUCCUGGAAGGACAUGGAGCAAGAGGAGAUGGGGAAGAAGAAGAGGACAAAGGGGAAUGAGACGACCAUGCUGCUGACAGGGCUGGAUGGAAACACACAGUAUCUGAUCUCUGUGAAGGGAUUCAACAGCGUCGGUCAAGGACCAGCCACCUCACCCAUCAAGAUUAGCACUAAGAAAAAUGCCCCAAGUCUACCCCCAGGCAACCUGAUGUGGAUUCAGGAGGGGAACAAUGUUUCUCUAUCCUGGGAUCCAGUGAAAGCAAGGGACAAUGAGUCAGAAGUCAUUGGGUACAAGGUAUUAUUGCGUCAAGAGGGACGGGGCCACAGCCAAGUCAUGAGGACUCCAAACUCAGCCGUGGUCCUGACACUACCUGAGGGGGGAACAUACAUCAUUGAGGUGCGCGCAGUCAGUGAAGGAGGUGAAGGAGCCGCUAGUGCUCAGGUCAGAGUGCUCACCUCCUCAGGAGUGCGUGCUAAGAGUGGACAGCUCUCUGUCCAGAAUCUGCCUCCAGGCUUGGCAUGGACUGCUCUUUUCCUGUCAUUAAUGGUGCCUUUUUUUCCCUUGUGAGGCUACUGGGUCAUGUACUGUUCCUUUAAACCUUCCCUCUGCCUUCCUUCUGAAGACCACUCCCAGCCACCCCUGUAUGAAGGGGAUGGGCUCUCCCUCCUCCACACAGACUGCCUGCUUUGGCCUGUACCAUCAACAGGACCUAAGGGUCAGCCAAAGGGAAGCGCUUCUUUUCCAAGCAUCAAGAAAUGCCUCCAAAAUCCUGACAACUCCAUUGUUUUUCUUUUCUGGUCAUAUUUGUUUCCAGAUUUCUGUUUGGGAUAUCAUUGUAGUAUUGUGCUGUACAAAGUGUGGAGACAGUUGUUUAAAAUCUCCACUAAGCUGUAAGAGACGUUUUUUAGGGACUGCCUUCCGGAACAGCUCUCCAAGCUGCUGAGGCCGCCCACUGCUCUGUACCGCUGUGGCUUCCCUUGUUACAUUACUGCAUCCAUUUGACCCUUUGGCUGCCUGACAAGCAAACGCAGAGUAAGCUCAGUAGAAAUAAGUGCAUUGUUUUCUUAUUCACAAGUGGAGAGUGUGGAGACAACAAAGAAAAAAAAACAUUUUUAUAGUGCUGAAAAUCUUACUAUUUCCAGACUUGCUUUUUGUACAUUGUGUUACCUUUAGAGAAACAAAAAAAUGUGGAGCAGUAGUGUGUUUUGGUCGGCUGCGUCUUAAGUUUUUGAACUUCAGUUUUCAUUUUUGUUAUGUUCAGUGGGUAUUGAGAACUAGCAAGGUUGCUGGGCAACAGGGGGACUGAUGGACGAACCAGAGAUAAAGGGUUUGGACUCCACUUGUCGUGCCCAAACAUUUCUGUAGACAAAGACCAAGGCU